AAAAAAUGAAAAUGUUUAAAAGCUCAGGGUAUUUCUGGUAUUGCUAGACAAUAUGGUUCCUUGCACAAAGACAUACUAGCACCCCUUUUCUCAAGACAUUUUAGUGCCAUCUGCAAGAACUUCAUUGCAAUAAGCACACAGAUGUCUAGGACAUUAAUAGUGACCCCGUAGAUGUGGUGCAUUUUUGUAGUGCACAACCUACACACCCUUACACAUUGGCCCAGGACACCAGAGAUUACAUUACAUUACAAGUCUUACACUGGUCUGAUUGUAAUUUAAAACCUGGAAAGGUGACAGGUGGGCAUCUGACGAAAGCUGUAGGUAAGGAUGGAGAUUACCUGGACACUCUUCUUUGUGCCAGAGGAAUAACAUCUCUCGAUGUUCGCAGCUAUUGAUCCCCUUUUACUCCUAAAAGGGAUGGAAUAAUUGCAGGAUUGCAUUUAAGAGCUAAAAACUUAGGGACCUCAGUGCCUCCUGCCAUCAUCCACCAUUGUGUUCCCCCAGCAAGGGCGGGCAGAGGAGGUUUGAGUGACACGUUUGCACUCUGCUCCAGCUUGGCCCUUGGCUUCACUCUAGGGAAUGCCUAUCACAAAGGGUCGCCUCCAAGUGUGAUACUGGGAGUUUUGGCUCUCAUCUGGCACCUUUUUGUCUGACUGUUUACCAAACCGAAGAAGUCAGUAGGCUCAGAACACACUACAAAGGAACAUUCUGUUCCAUACUUGUAGUCCUUGCUGCUCUCUUCAUGGGGGGUGAGGAAACAGGGAAGCAUGAGAAUAUCUUGUAGAAUUUCUCAGUGUGGGCACUACCCAAUUAUAUACUCUUGAGGUGUCAAUUAUUUGUAACAUUAAAUUGCCUAUGCAUAGAUCAAUAUCAAGUAGCAAUCAAAUGAAACAGUGUUAUAAUAAUUUGAUUAAAACAACACAAAUUUAGAAAUACCUACAAAUGCAAGGUAUAGAAAAAAUAUUAAAAUUGUGUUUUAUCCAUAGUUGCUCUCUCCCUUCUCCAUUUUAUCACCUAGUCCUUAUGUCCUCUUACAUAUAUCUGAUGAACUGUCUCAACAUCUUUCUGGAAAGAGGGAGGUCCAUUAUGAAUAAAGAGAGCUAUUGGAUCCUGACUUCACCAUCCAGUACCUUCCAGCCCAAAUGGGACUGUGCAUCACAAGACGUAUUUUAAAAAUAAAAGGCACUACCAGAAACUUUUCAGGGCUGGGGGGCAUGAUUUCAUGCUCAGUGAGGAAAAGAGAUGUAAAUUGCUUUAAGUGCACAGAAGCCCACUGGGAAAUCCAAACUGAUUUGAGCAGAGCAUGAGGAGGGGGAGGAGAGAGAAAACAUCCUAGGGGCAGAAACUCCAAGGAGAAAGUGGAAGAGAAGAGCAGCUUUUUGUAUGUUGAUUUGUGAUCGUUCUAUGCAGAGUGCUGGAAGGUGCAUUCACUUGGAACAAGAACAGAGAGGGGCACCCAGAGAGGAGAUGCAUGGGAAAGACCAAGGAAAGACAAUGUUAGGGCAUAAAUACUCAGCAAAUGACUCUCUGGAAAUAAUAAAGGAGCUGCUGUAGAAAUAACAGAGAAAAGCUCAUUGUAUUGUGCAAUUAGGCUGCUUAAAAGCACCGAGGACACAUGUAUGCACACAAUAUUGAGCGCCCAGUUGUCUACAGCAACAGGGCGGCAGCAGACCCUGGCAUGUCAGGAUCCUGCAGUAUGAGAACUUGGCAAGCCCUGCAUCAGAAACCUACCUAGUUUACAGUUCUUGAAUGAAGCAAAUGGUUUCCUCUGUACACGUAACUGCACCCCUUCUGAUGUCAAAGCCAAGGAGAAGCUUGUCCCCUUAUUGAAGCCAGGAGGAAGGUCCCAUUUGGAAAUUCCCAAGGAACACCAAUGCUGAUUAAGAGGGGUAGGCAUCAGAAUGGUGGCACCUCUACAUGUUCAGCAUGGUGCUUUAAAGACGUCAUCCCUCAUCACGACUUUAUAAAGGAAGUAAAGUUAUCCUACUUUACACUGAGGAAUCUGAGGCUCAGAGACAGUGAGUAACAAGCCUAAGGUCAUACAGCUUGUCAGAGAAAAGCCAGUAUUCAAACUCAGGUCUAUCCGACUUGAAAUUCCAUGUGCUUUGCACUGCCUUGUCCAUGCAAUAUGGCAAGGCUGUGUUUUGUGACCCCCACUUAAGGUGUGGCUUUACAGGGACCAGGAGAAAGGCCAGGGAGGGAGGGUGGGUAAAGAAGGAGGUGGUUUUUCCAAGAAGGCCUGAGACUCACUACACACCCUCAGCGCUGACCAGUGCCACUGAGGCAGAAGGUUGCAUGGGUGUCGUGUGGAAGCAGCUUCAGGAUGAGGUCCAUAAAUAUGCAUCAUGGCUGAGUUGAGUGAAUGAAUGAAUGAAUAAAUGAAAAGCAAACAUAUGGGCAGAAGUUGGAAAUACUGGACAGCACUAGGGUGGUUAAAAGUACAAAGGCUGAGUCAGACUUUGUUAAGUUAUUUAAACUCUGAGCCUCAGUUUGCUCAUCUACAAAAUGGGGACAAUAGUAUAACAUAGGAUUUUUGCAAAUGCUCAACCAUUUGUGGCAAUUCUUAUCAUUCUCACUACGCUGAUUAUUUCUAUCAGGGACAGUGGCCCAUUUGCUUAAGGAAGUCGUGGAGACACUCGUAUGAUUCCUUUCAUUCCCAAAGCAGGCCACUCACACUGUCUCCUGGUGAUUCAUUUUUCUACUUUAGGGAAACCCUAGUAGCUUAUUUGCUCCUUUUUUUACCAGGGAAAAAAUGUUGGAAGGAGAACUGCCUGAACCUCAAAACUCUUAUUAUAAACCUGGACCUAUGGGUUUCCCCUCAGGCCCCAGUGCUCCAGAGGCACUUGGAGGAAGGAUGUCCCAAGCAGACAAGGAACUUGUGGUCUGGCAUGUGUCCAGUGGGUGGAGCCAGAGAGCUCCUAGCCACAGGCCACCUUGCUGAAGGCUGAUAAGUACUAUCUGCACAUCCAAGCAGACGAGAGACCCAGACGAAAGAAGACCUAUGAUAUCUGCAUGGCUGGCUGUGGGAUUACAUUUUUUUUUAAAUUCUGUGCUCAUAAAAGUACAUUUCAGUUAGAUUUUUACCAUAAUAGAACAAGCCACAAAAUUGAAAUUUAAAAAGGAGGAGGAAGAAGGAGAUAUUUUAAUUCAGUUUUAGAUCCCCCUGCUAUGGAAUGUUUGCUUCCUGACUUUUAAGAGGCAGCAGAGUAUGUCCAAGCAUUCUCAACUGAAAAGAGGGACAUUCCAGGGAAACACUGAUAUUUUUGUUUUCUCCUCACUGGAGAAAAGGGUGCCUGGCUUACAGAAAACAAUUUGCAUGUACUUUAUCUUCCCCACCCUCCCAACAGACCCUGAGGCUCUUACUGGAGUCUUAUAUCUGUACAGAAGUUGUGUCAAGUAAGUCUAAGAAAAUUUUACCCCAGGAGCAGUCACUUAGCUUCCAAGUCCACACGGCAGCAAACCUGCCCCAUGGUUUUUACUUUAACACUGUUGUUCCUUUUUUCAGUUGUAAAUCUUUCCAAAAACAUAAGUAGGGGGCCAGAGGAAACAGGAGAAGAAAAAGAUGCAUUUUGGUAGGAUUCUUGCUGGUCAAAGAUUUUGGAAUGCCAUGGAAACAAUGGCAAAGCAGCUGGCACCAUGUCAAGAACAGAGAGAGAGAGAGAGAGAGACACCAGAUACUGAAGCCAGGGGACCAGUUCCUUGGUGUUGCUUUGGCAUUGGUGCCUGCAGUGGGAGGAGAAAGCUGAGCCCACAAACACACAGAGCAGAGCAGGGCUCUGGGUAUAUAACUGUUAGGUGCCUCCCUCCAGCACUAUCUCCUGGGACGCACUCUUCCUUGUUGUGGAGCCGGGCAAAUCUUUAUCAGCCACUACCUUCUGCCGUCAGGAAGCCAGCUAGAGUGGCCUUUAAAGAAAACUGCGCAUCUCCUGCCACUUAAAAUCAAAAACUACCUAAAAUAAAGAUUAUAGAGCCAGAGGAAGAGAUAGCCAUGGAGGAUAGCCCCACUAUGGUUAGAGUGGACAGGGGUGAAAACCAGGUUUCACCAUGUCGAGGGAGAAGGUGCUUCCCCAAAGCUCUUGGCUAUGUCACCGGUGAUAUGAAAGAACUUGCCAACUGGCUUAAAGACAAACCUGUGGUGCUCCAGUUCGUCAACUGGAUUCUUCGGGGCAUAUCCCAAGUGGUGUUUGUCAACAACCCCAUCAGUGGAAUCCUGAUUCUGGUGGGACUUCUUGUUCAGAACCCCUGGUGGGCUCUCACUGGCUGGCUGGCAACAGUGGUCUCCACUCUGAUGGCCCUCUUGCUCAGCCAGGACAGGUCAUCAAUAGCGUCUGGGCUCUAUGGCUACAAUGCUACCCUGGUGGGAAUACUCAUGGCCGUCUUUUCAGACAACGGAGACUAUUUCUGGUGGUUGUUAUUCCCUAUAUGUGCUAUGUCCAUGACUUGCCCAAUUUUCUCAAGCGCAUUGAAUUCUGUGCUCAUCAGAUGGGACCUCCCUGUCUUCACCCUCCCUUUCAACAUGGCAUUGUCAAUGUACGUUUCAGCCACAGGACAUUACAAUCCGUUCUUUCCAGGCAAAUUGGUCAUACCUGUAACUUCACAGCCAAAUAUCUCCUGGUCUGAUCUAAGUGCCCUGGAGUUAUUGAAAUCUAUACCAGUGGGGGUUGGUCAGAUCUACGGCUGUGAUAAUCCGUGGACAGGGGGCAUUUUCCUGGGAGCCAUCCUGCUCUCCUCCCCACUCAUGUGCCUGCAUGCUGCCAUUGGAUCCUUGCUGGGCAUAGCAGCAGGACUCAGUCUUGCAGCCCCAUUUGAGGACAUCUACUUUGGACUCUGGGGUUUCAACAGCUCUCUGGCCUGCAUUGCAAUGGGAGGAAUGUUCAUGGCGCUCACUUGGCAAACCCACAUCCUGGCUCUUGGCUGUGCCCUGUUCACGGCCUAUCUUGGAGUCGGGUUGGCAAACAUAAUGGCUGGGAUUGGAUUGCCAGCUUGUACCUGGCCCUUCUGCUUGGCCACGAUAUUGUUCCUCAUCAUGACCACAAAAAAUUCCAACAUCUACAAGAUGCCCCUCAGUAAAGUUACUUAUCCUGAAGAAAACCGUAUCUUCUACCUACAAACCAAGAAAAGGAUAGUGGAAAGCCCUUUGUGAGAAUAAGCCCCAUCUGCAGCCAUGGUCACGAGUCAUUUCUGCCUGACUGCUCCAGCUAACUUCCAGGAUCUCAGCAAACUGCUGUUUUUCAUGAGUAUCAACUUUCAUACUAACGCAUCUGCGAUCUGUUCUUAUGCUCAUUUUGCAUUUUCCUUUCAACUCCAGGAAUAUCCUCAAGCAUAUGAGAGCCACAUCUAGGUGAUGUGCUCUUGUAUGGAAUUGGAAAGCCCAGUGGGGGCUUAGCACUCAGACUGGAACACAUAUAAAGUCAAAGUGCUCCAACAGAAGGAGGAAGUAAAAACAAACUAUUGUUAUUUAUUGAUAUUCUUGGUGUUUCACUAGCUGGAUGAUGUUAACAGUAUUAAAAAUUAAACCCCAUAAACCAACUAAGCCUUAUGGAAUUCACAGUUGCAAAAUCGAAAUUAAUUCAGAAUUCUGUGACAAGCAGCUUAGCUUUAAAAGAAAAAAAAAAAUCAAUGCAAGUUACAAAUUACAGCCUGGGUCAAUAUUACAGAGGUGCAAGUUGACAGCCAAGCUCGGUCCCCACUUCCUGCAAACAAUGGCCUGCACCCUGUCCAUUCUGUGUGUGGCAUUCUCUCAUGGGACAUGGUUGGAGUUUUUCAGACUGAUGGGACUGCAAGAGGGAGAGAUGAAUUUUGUUCAGCAAAAUUAUUCUGUAUUGCAACUUUUCUCACAGACUGUAAAGGAUUUUUUAGGUAGAGAUUAUUUUUCCAUAUGAAAAAUGAUCUGUUUUAAAAGAGACAAAAUAGGAGCAGUUCCUGGCUUAACCUGUUCUUAGAUAUUAAAGAAAACUUACAUACUGUAUUUAUGAAAUACUCAGGUAUUUUCACUUUAGCCCCUACAUUGAUUUUGUAAAUGCCACAAAUGCAUAGAAUUGUUACCAACCUCCAAAGGGCUCCUUAAAAUCAUAUUUCUUAUUCAUUUGAGGAUGUCUUAUAAAGACUGAAGGCAAAGGACAGAUUGCUUAUGGGUGUUAUUUUUAUAAGUUGUUGAAUUUCUUAAUUAAUAAAAGCUCAUUAUUUUCUGCA